UGUGAGCGGCCGUUGGGGAAACCUGGCGACCUGGAGGGACCGGCGCGGCAGCCGACAGAGGGCUGGGCUGCCUGGACGUCUGGGGGAGCGAAGGGCAAAGGAGUGUGUGGAGAGGACGACUUCCGUCUGGGAAGCUGCAGAGAAUUAUCUAGGGCUGUAGCAUGGGAAAAAAUGGCUCUCCUGCCCUAAGCCACAAGCCUGACUGCUGAUCUUGGCUUCAUUCACUUCUGCUGCCACCACCUGCAGUCUUCCUGCUGAUCUUGGGUGCAUCAGUCCCUGAAGCUACUGAAGCGUACAGCCUAACAUCUGACCCACAGAUUUGUAAACUACCCAGACUUGGAUCUUUGUGUUACCAAAAGCAGAGAGGAUACAUCUUCAGAAAAAAAAUGGAUGAAGAACCGGAAAGAACAAAGCGAUGGGAAGGAGGCUAUGAACGAACGUGGGAGAUUCUUAAAGAAGAUGAAUCUGGAUCACUUAAAGCUACAAUAGAAGAUAUUCUUUUCAAGGCAAAGAGAAAAAGAGUAUUUGAGCACCAUGGACAAGUUCGGCUUGGAAUGAUGCGCCAUCUGUAUGUGGUAGUAGAUGGAUCGAGAACAAUGGAAGAUCAAGAUUUAAAGCCCAAUAGAUUGACGUGUACUCUAAAGUUGUUGGAAUACUUUGUGGAGGAGUAUUUUGAUCAAAAUCCUAUUAGUCAGAUUGGAAUAAUUGUAACUAAAAGUAAGAGAGCUGAAAAACUGACCGAACUCUCAGGAAACCCAAGGAAACACGUAACAUCUUUAAAGAAAGCUGUAGACAUGACCUGCCAUGGAGAACCAUCUCUUUAUAAUUCCUUAAGCAUGGCUAUGCAGACUCUGAAACACAUGCCAGGACAUACAAGUAGAGAAGUCCUAAUCAUCUUUAGCAGCCUGACAACUUGUGAUCCAUCCAAUAUCUAUGAUUUAGUCAAGACUCUAAAGGCAGCUAAAAUUAGAGUCUCUGUCAUUGGAUUGUCUGCCGAAGUUCGAGUUUGCACUGUCCUUGCUCGUGAGACCGGUGGCUCAUACCACGUAAUUUUAGAUGAAAGCCAUUACAAAGAAUUACUAAUGCAUCACGUCAGCCCUCCUCCCGCCAGCUCCAGUUCUGAAUGCUCGCUUAUUCGCAUGGGAUUUCCUCAGCACACCGUCGCUUCUCUGUCUGAUCAAGAUGCGAAACCUUCAUUCAGCAUGGCGCAUCUAGAUAGCACUUCUGAGCCAGGGCUUACGUUAGGCGGCUAUUUCUGCCCGCAGUGUCGGGCAAAGUACUGUGAGCUUCCUGUUGAGUGUAAAGUCUGUGGCCUUACUUUGGUAUCUGCUCCUCAUCUGGCCCGGUCUUACCAUCAUUUAUUUCCUUUGGAUGCUUUUCAAGAAGUUUCCCUAGAAGAACAUAAUGGAGAAAGGUAUAUGACUUUUGAUUAAUUUAUAACUUUCAUAAGUGGCAAAUGUUAUAGAAAUGUUCGAAUCGCUUGUGAGCACACUAAAGGAGAUUGUCAUCAACUUGCAUAUGAUUACUUCUAAUUUAGAAAAUUAAAUAUAAAAUGUGUCGAUUAUGACUGAAGAAAUUAAUUAUUAAAGAGAUCUGGUAAUUUUCUUUUUUUUAAUCAUUUUAUUGGGAGCUCUUACACAUAUCGUAAUGGUAAUUUUCUUCAACACAACUGUGUGUCAUAAGAAUUGUGGUGGGCUAGGAAAAAAUUCAAAACCAAGCUCACUGCCAUUGAGUCAAUUUUGACUCACAGCAGCCUGCAGGUCAGAGUCAGAGCCACCCCUGUGAGUCCCUGAGACUGUACAGCUCAG